AUUUUCUUGAGUGCUGCAUUCUGCGAAGCGACAAGCACUAAAUCGUCAACAACUUCAUCGUCGCAAACAUGCUACGCCAGAUAAAACCCCGUAAUGCUCGCUCCAAGCGGGCUCUGGAGAAGCGGGCGCCAAAGGCCGUCGAGAACCCUAAGACGGCUCUUUUCCUGCGAGGCACCUCGUGCAGCCAGAUUACCCAGGAUGCUCUUGGGGAUCUCUAUGCCCUGAGACAGGUGUACUCCAAGCGCUUCCAGAAGAAGAAUCCAGUCCACCCCUUUGAAGACGCCAGCUCACUAGCUUUCUUCUCCGAGAAGAACGACUGCAGCCUGCUUCUCUUUGGCAGCAGCAGCAAGAAGCGCCCCCACACCAUCACCUUUGUCCGCACCUUCGACUAUAAAAUCCUCGACAUGCUCGAGUUCUACCUCGAUGCCGAGACCUUCCGGAGCAUAGCCCAAUUCAAGAAUGAGAAGGUACCCGUUGGAACGCGGCCGUUGAUGGUAUUCGCGGGGACAGCAUUCGAAUCUCCUGUACCCAAUGCCUUUACAAUGGCCAAAUCCAUGCUCAUCGACUUCUUCCGCGGCGAGACGUCGGACAAGAUUGACGUCGAAGGCCUGCGGUACUGCGUCGUGGUGACCGCCGACGAGCCCACCGCCUCUGAGACAGCCAGCGGCGACGACCCGGCCGCGAAGCCCGUUCUCCGCCUGCGCGUCUACACCAUCCGGACGAAGCGCUCCGGCCAGAAACUGCCCCGCGUCGAGCUCGAGGAGCACGGCCCGCGCAUGGACUUCCGCCUGGGCCGCAUCCAGGAGCCCGACGAGGCCAUGCUCAAGGAGGCGAUGCGCAAGCCCAAGACGACCGAGGAGCGCACCAAGAAGAACAUCUCGACCGACAUCAUGGGCGACAAGAUCGGCCGCAUCCACACGGGCAAGCUGGAUUUGAGCGAGCUGCAAACAAGAAAGAUGAAGGGCUUGAAGCGGUCGAGGGAUCAGCACGACGAGGAUGACGAGGAGGAAACCGUCGUUGCUGAUGAGCUGCCGAAGCGGAAGAGGAAAGGAAGCGCGUAGUUGGGUGGCUGGACUAUGACAGUAGGUGGUCUUUUUCGCUCCGAAGGCAGGCAGGCGUUCUGGCGCACUGAUACAGCAGGAGGGACGGAAAACGGCGUCAAUUGAUGUUUGUGCUUGUCUUUUGUAUGGUCAUCUAUACCGUAUAUACUGUGCGUACACUUCUAGCAGCACUUGCCUCUGUUGUGCCGAACUGCUAUGUGCUCAACCUUCUGGUCCUGGCAAGGCAUCUGAUGCCCUUCUGUCUGUGGUGGGAUUAUCUCCAAAUCACUCCUUGUA